AUGGAACUACUUACAGUUUCAUCAACAAGAAAUAGAGUGAUUGUUGUUGUUGAUGCCAACAGAAAUAAAGAAAAUGUGGACGCCCUUGAGUGGGCUAUUAACCAUGUCGUUCGUCCUAGAGACAUUGUACUUUUUCUUGGAGUUCUUCGCGAUUUCGGGAAGAGGAAUUACUCUUGCUUCCCUUUAAUGAGCAAUAUAAGCAUAUUCGGUGUUCGGGAAAAAUUGGAGUUUUUAUCAGGAAAUAGUGAAGUGAAUCUUAGACAGCUUGGAGAAGAAUUAGAAAGAAAACGAGUGCAAUACCAGAGAAAUCUUGAAAAAUUCCAUCGACAAUGCAAGAGAAAUGAGGUGAAAUUGGAGGUUAAGCUUGCAGUUGGUUAUUGUCCUGCCAAGAUAACAGUCGAUGAAGCACGAAACUCAAAUACUCGUUUGAUUGUUAUAGACAGCCACUUAAAGAAACACCAAGGAUUCAUAUGCGAUAAUGUGGAAUGCAACGUUGCCAUAAUGAAAGGAAAAGAUUUCGCAACCUUGAUGCCAUCAAAAAAAACUAGAACUUUUUCUCCUAAAUAUACCAAAACAAUUAAUGAAGGAGUUGCCACCAAUGGGAAAAAUCCUGAGAAAAAACAAGAUUCAUCGACUCAGCAGGUAGCGGCACCAACGCCGCAAACGCCUAAUUGGUAUCCUCUAUCUUGGAGAAGCGGCUUCCCUCGAGCUUUUUCUUUGAGGGAAGUUGAAGAAAUGACGGAUGGUUUUGCUGAGGAGAACUUGCUCGAGAAAUCCGAAAAUCUCAACAUUUAUGAGGGAAUUUUCCAGGAAACGCCAGUGGUGAUCACAUGUUUAUUAGAAGAGGCCGAUAGAUUCUGGAGAGUAUUGAUAAUCCUUUCGAGGGUUCGGCACCGCAACAUUAUGAACUUUGUGGGCUACUGCUGCACUGGUAGUAGCCGCGUCAUAAUCAGUGAUUUUCCGUGCCUGGGAACUGUUGCCAGUAACUUGAACGAUGAUAACUUAGCAAAACAAUUGACAUGGAAAGCGAGGUGGUAUAUUGCUAUAGAAAUUGGAGGAAGCUUGAGGUAUCUUCAUGAGGAGUGUGGAGAUAAACCUAUUGUUCAUCAUUCUGUUUGUUCUAAUCAUAUUGUUUUCUCUCAAGGUUGUUCUGCUAUGCUUUGCAAUUUCUUAGCGGCAAAGUGCCUUGAUAUUGAGAAAUCAUCAGCUGAAGGCCAAAAUUCAGAGAAAGAGGAGAAUCUUUAUGUAGAUGUACGAGAUUAUGGAGUAUUCCUGGUUGAGCUCAUCAGCGGGCAGAAUGCUAAAUGGUAUGCUGAAGAAAGCGAGGGACAAUCUUUGGUUGGUUUGGCAGUUCCGCUUAUAAAAGAUGGAAAGCUAAAUCAAAUAAUGGAUUCCAGAUUGAGUGAUAGUAAUAGCGACAGCAAGGUGAUUGAAUAUAUGGCAAAGGCUGCCUUGCUCUGCCUCAGAGCUCGCCAUUCCCUUCACCCUCCACCUUCAAUAAGUGAGGUUUUAGCAGUGGUUCGAGGUGAUCGACUUGCCAUUAGCAAGUGGCAUCUUUAA